AUGGGUUCUGAGCAAAACAACAGCACAAGCUUUCCACCAUCAGAGCCAAAGCUCUGCAAUAACGGAUGUGGUUUCUUCGGUUCACCAUCAAACAUGAACCUCUGUUCGAAAUGUUAUCGAAGCCUUCGUGCUGAGGAAGAUCAAACCGCAGUAGCGAAAGCUGCGGUUAAGAACUCUUUAAAGCUUCCAUCUUGCAGUCUCAUAACAACACCAGAACAAAAACAGCCUCUGGAAACUAAACCAGUCUCUGUGGAGACCGUUGUUGUAACCUCUGAGCCGUCUUCGGUUCCUUUAGCGACGGGACAGGACGAGGCAGAGCCGUCGAAGCCUACACGGCCUAACAGGUGUUUCAGCUGUAACAAGAAGGUUGGAGUCAUGGGGUUUAAGUGCAAAUGCGGUAGCACGUUUUGCGGGAGUCAUAGAUACCCGGAGAAGCACGAGUGUAGCUUCGAUUUCAAAGAAGUCGGACGCGAUGCAAUCGCAAAGGCGAAUCCCGUUGUUAAGGCGGAUAAAGUCCAGAGGAUUUGA